UGGAGGGUCUCUGUGAGAGCCAGGCGGUGUGACGCUGAUAGGAGUGAGCUCGCAUUGGUGUUCUAGCGAUAGUUCUACCGAUUCUAGCGAUGAUUCUCUAGAAUGGAGGCGGAGCUCUCGUGAGGAGCGAUUGAUUUCUCGAUCGCCGCGGGGACAAUGCAGGUACUCUCGAUUCCAGCGCGAGCGUCCUCCUAAGAUCCAGAUGGGUCCUUCGAUUCCUGGAUCCAUUGGAGCAGUCGUAGCGCUGCUGCUCGUCCUAGCAGUGGAAGGAUCAUCGCUGCCGCCAUCGCAAGUCCACAGUGUUCUUCGCCUCCAGCGGCUGCUGGGCUACCCAUCCGCGCUCGCCCACAUCGAUUCCAACGCUACCCAGGGCCUGGAUUUGUGUGGGAUUCCUCCAUCGCCGGUGUUUAAUCUCUCCUGCAACUCCAGCGCUGGUUCCUUCUCCUCCACCAUCGUCUCCAUCCAGAUCUUGGGCAAUGCCACGAGCCUCUCGCGGGAUUUCUCCAUGGAGACGCUGGGGAAUCUCCUCUCGGCGCUGCCCGAGCUCGAGAUCCUGGGCCUCGUCCACCUCGGCCUCUGGGGAUCCAUCCCGCCCAAGCUCGACCAUCUCCAAUCCCUCCGGGUGCUCGAUCUCAGCGAGAAUUCCAUCUCCGGCGCCCUGCCCGACCGCCUCCGCGCGCUCUCGCGCCUCGAGAUCCUCCAGCUCAAGGACAAUCGCUUGAAUGGCACGCUGCCCGGAUGGAUCGGCGAGCUGCGCAGCCUCCGCGAGCUCGACCUCUCCAACAAUGCGAUCACUGGCAAGCUGCCCAAGUCGCUCUUCUCGUCGCGGAGGAAUCGCCUCGAGAGAUUGGUGGUCUCGCACAACGAUUUCUCGGGCAAUCUCCCGGAUUGGAGCUCCGACAGCCUCCUCGUCUACUUCAAUGCUGGGGCGAAUCACAUCGGCCCCGCCUUCCCCAAGUUCGGCUAUGGGGGCCUCUUACAGUCCCUCCUCCUCGGGCAAAACGAUAUCACCGGCGGCAUACCGCGCGACGCCGCCGCGCGGCUCGGCGGUGUACGGACGAUGGACCUGUCGUACAACGAGCUCCACGGCAUGCCGCCGGCGGCACUCUUCCGGCUGGGCCACAUUGAGACGCUGGCGCUCAAUGGCAACCAGUUCUUGGGGGUUUUGCCCUACAACCUCUCCCUCUCCCCCAGCUUGGCGUUGCUCGAUCUCUCCUCGAAUUUCUUCACGGGGCGCGUGCCGGCGAGCUUCCUGGGCAGCGGCGGAUCGGUCGUGGUCAGGUUUGGGAAGAAUUGCUUCGCGACGCGUGUGCAGCAGCAGUACACGCGAUCGCACUGCGAUGCCGCGGCGAGGAAGAGGGCGGCGGCGUCGGCGGCGGGGGCCAGCACGCCGGAUUCUCACGACCUGGCGAUCAUCGCUGGGAUUGUGGGAGGUGGGAUUGCGCUGGUUGGGGCGGUGGCGGUGUUCUUGUGUGUUCUACUUCGAUGCUUGAGGCAGCAGAAGGAUGACAAGCCCGUCCAGUAUGCCGCUUCUUCGUGCGCGGACACGGCGUCCAUUGGCGUCCCCUCGGAUCUUCUCUCCAAUGCAAGAUAUCUGUCACAGUCUAUACGUUUGGGUGUCCACUCCACUUCUCACAACCGAGUCUUUUCAGUUCCCGAGCUCGAGGAAGCCACUGCCAACUUUAGUCUGGAGAAUCUCAUCGGCGAAGGCCAGCACGGGAAAGUUUUCAAAGGCAAGCUCCAUGACGGGACCGUGGCUGCCGUCAAGUGCCUCACGCUGGAUUCCAGACAAGACAUGAGGCAACUCAAGAUCCACGUUGAGCUGCUCGUCAAGAUCCGCCACAGGCAUUUGGUGGGGUACAUUGGCUACAGCUUGGACAACGUGAUCGACGGAGCGACGCAGUGCCGAAAGCUCUAUCUUGUCUCCGAGUACAUCGACAAUGGAACUCUCCGUAACCAUCUCUCAAAGGCGGAGGGUCGGGAGGUUUUGAGCUGGUCACAGAGAUUAGCUGCUGCGAUCGGUGCUGGGAGAGGAAUUCAGUAUCUUCACACUGGUGUUGUUCCUGGGAUUUUUAACAACGACGUGAACAUUACCAACGUUCUCAUGGAUCAAAACUGCGUAGCGAAGUUCACGGACUUCGGUAUAGGGAAGCAUGCACGUACUUCAUGCGAUUUCGAUGCGAAGGUCUACGUCCAGAAAACUCCGGCUCACAUAGACUUGGAUCACCAUCGCAGAAAGCUCGCAUCCGAUAAAACCGAUGUCUACAACUUUGGCUUCAUCCUGCUUGAGAUCCUCCUCGGAAAGCCGCCGACAAUCGAAGACUCCAAGUCGUCUGUCCAUCCAAAAGUCCGAGAACUGGAAAUGCUUCAAACCGAGCACGUCCCGCGGUACGAAGUCGUGGACCCAGCGAUCAUCGGCAACUGCGUAGCUGAAUCUCUCACGACGGUGCUGGAAAUCGCCGCUAAGUGCCUCUCGGAGGAACCAUCGAGCAGGCCAUCCAUGGAAGACGUGCUCUGGAACCUCCAAUACGCUGCCCAAGUCCAGGAUAGAGUGAGUGGAGAGUGCUCGGAGGAGCUUCCGUACGUCUCUCCACCGAGAUCUCGGUUUAACCGGCAAGCCAUCCGUACGUCCGGGAUCACCAACAGAAAGAACGAGUCAGGACCAGAGUUCCUGAGAUAACUUAUAAGUAUAUACUCGUAAACUGCGAGGUAUAUUCUGGUAGUAGAAUACACGGCUAGCAUAUUCCUAGGA